AUGGAAACUCUGUCUUUCCCCAGAUACAAUGUAGCGGAGAUUGUGAUUCAUAUUCGCAACAAAAUCUUAACAGGAGCUGAUGGUAAAAACCUCUCCAAGAAUGAUCUUUAUCCAAAUCCAAAGCCCGAAGUCUUGAACAUGAUCUACAUGCGAGCCUUGCAAAUAGUGUAUGGGAUUCGACUGGAGCAUUUUUACAUGAUGCCCGUGAACUCAGAAGUCAUGUAUCCACAUAUCAUGGAAGGCUUCUUGCCAGUUAGCAAUUUGUUUAUUCAUCUGGACUCCUUUCUGCCCAUCUGUCGGGUGAAUGACUUUGAGAUUGCUGAUAUCCUAUAUCCAAAGGCAAAACGAACAAGUCGGUUUUUAAGUGGCAUUAUCAACUUUAUUCACUUCAGAGAAGCGUGCCGUGAGACAUACAUGGAAUUUCUUUGGCAAUACAAAUCUUCUGUGGACAAAAUGCACCAGUUGAAUACUGCACACCAGGAGGCAUUGAUGAAACUGGAGAGACUUGAUUCUGUUCCAGUCGAAGAACAAGCAGAGUUCAAGCAGCUUUCAGAUGAUAUUCAGGAGCUGCAGCAAUCGCUGAAUCAAGAGUUUCGCCAGAAAACGAUAGUGCUACAAGACGGAAAUUCCCAAAAGAAGUCAGAGAUUUCAGAGAAAACCAAGCGUUUGAAUGAACUAAAAUUGUCCGUAGUUUCUUUGAAAGAAGUGCAAGAGAGUUUGAAAACAAAAAUUGUGGAUUCUCCAGAGAAACUAAAGAAUUAUAAAGAAAAAAUGAAAGAUACCGUCCAGAAACUUAAAAAUUCCAGGCAAGAAGUGAUGGAAAAAUACGAAAUCUACAGAGACUCAGUUGAGUGCUUGCCUUCAUGUCAGCUGGAGGUACAGUUAUAUCAGAAGAAAAUACAGGACCUUGCAGAUAAUAGGGAAAAGUUAACCAACAUCUUAAAGGAGAGCCUGAACUUGGAGGACCAAAUUGAGAGUGAUGAGUCAGAACUGAAGAAACUGAAGACUGAAGAAAAUUCCUUCAAAAGACUGAUGAUUGGGAAGAAGGAAAAACUUGCCACAGCACAAUUCAAAAUAAAUAAGAAGCACGAGGACGUCAAGCAGUACAAACGCACGGUGAUUGAAGAUUGCAAUAAAGUUCAAGAAAAAAGAGGAGCUGUCUAUGAGCGAGUAACCACAAUUAACCAAGAAAUCCAGAAGAUUAAAUUGGGAAUUCAGCAACUGAAAGAUGCCACUGAAAGGGAGAGACUGAAGUCCCAGGAAAUCUUUCUGAGUUUGAAAGCUGCUUUGGAGAAGUACCAUGAAGGCAUUGAAAAGGCAGCAGAGGACUGUGGUGCUAAAAUCGAGGAGAAAACGGCUGAACUGAAGAAGAACAUGUUCAGAACGUCGGCUUGA